CCAGAGCCUAAGUGAAGCCAGCAUACUUAGUGUGAUCCAUAAACGAUAGCAUGGAUACCCCUUACUCUACAUCCCAAACUUACAUUGAUGACUUUAACCCCGUAGAUUACUUGCAGACAUACUAUGCUCCAGGGCAGGGAGCUCUCACUGGAGAAUGGACAAACUUUGUAUUGCGGAAUCUUCAUGAAACAUUUGCUCCAGGCCGUGUUGAAGGAGAUAUACUAAUUGAUUUUGGUGCUGGGCCAACAAUUUACCACCUUCUCUCUGCUUGUGAAGUGUUCAACAACAUAAUCACCUCUGAUUUUCUUGAGCAAAAUCGCAGAGAACUGCAGAAGUGGCUGAAGAAGGACCCUGAUGCCUUUGACUGGACUCCAAUUGUCAAAUAUGUGUGUGAGCUGGAAAAUAAUAGUGAUAACUGGAGGGAAAAGGAAGAAAAGCUGCGGAGAAAAGUGACAAAAGUUCUCCAAUGUGAUGCAUUGAAGAAGAACCCAUAUGAUCCUGUGGUUCUGCCAAAAGCUGAUUGCCUGAUUAGCUGUCUCUGCUUAGAAGGACCUUCUAGAGACCUGGAAUCCUUCUGCAAUAUUUUAAAAAAUUGUAAGGAGUUGCUCAAGCCAGGAGGCCAUAUCAUUCUUCUGAAUGUUCUAAACUGCUCAUUCUACUAUGUUGGUCAAAAAAAGUUUUCCUAUCUGUCCAUAACUAAGGAGGACUUGGAGAGAGUAAUUAAAGAGGCUGGUUAUGAACUUGAAGAAAUGAAGGUAAUUCCACGUAAUGAUAAAUCAGGGAUGGACCUCAGUAAUCAUGACAGUUUUUACUAUGUCCAUGCUCGUAAACCUCAUAACCAGCAAGCUUAGUAGACACUUUUGGCAAUGAUAAACUGAUGAUUUUUCAGCAGUGCUUCUCCAUAAUAGGAAAUUGCUGAAUUACUAUGGAUGAAUCUUAUUUAUGACAUACAAAACAGCCAAGGCUUUGGUUGCAGCAUAUCACCAUUGAUAUACACAAGUAAACAUGCUUAAGCAGUGAGAACACAUGCAUAUAUACUGGAAAAAUACAUAAGACAUUCUUAAGUAACAUGUUUGAGCUAUAGACUUAUCUCUGAUUGUUCUCCUUUUAUUUUACCAACUUGAUAGUUUUUUAGUUUCAGUUCUUGGGAGUAUGUUUCUCAAAAUUUAAUGUUUCUGUCUACUUCCAGUUUGUUUAUUAGUAUGUAUCAUAUAUUCAUCUAUAUAAUGAGUGAGCUGGUGAAGAAGUAAAUGGAGGUGCUAGGGACUUCCACACUGUAUCACUUCAGUCACUGACUAGUCACUUGAUAAUUUGCAAUACUGUUCUUUCCUCACACAAGAGGCCACUAAGGUCCUACAGUAAUUCAGAACAUUUUUCUGGCCUUCCAAUGACUAUGCCCCAUGUUAUCAGUCAUGAAUGCUACUUUAAGACUAAUACAUAAUCCUAUCUUUCCAUAAACUUACCUAUAAAUACUAAUGUGCUGAGGAAUAUCCACUGUCUAAAGUUCUUGAAGUCCUCCCAUAACUCCUGCCCCACCUUUAUGAACUCCGCCCUAAAUGUUCUACUACAAAUCACAUUUUGUUUCCAAUGACCUUCUAAGGCCUUCACCACUUAUAGCUUCUUCUCAGUCACUGCUCUAGAACUUUUCCUGAGCAGUUCUCAUUUUAUGGCACUCCCUAAACUUCUCAUUAUGACUCUCAUUAGCAUUCAAAAUACUUGAAUGCUGAUGAAAGUCAGAAUAGUAAUACUAAUGCGGUCACGCAUACUGAAUGCGUGAAGACUAAUUUUUGCUAGGAAGCUUGUACUCUCCAUAAUCAAUGUUCCUACAUUAACAUCGCAUUGCAGUAGCUAUUCACUCAGCAUUAGGAGAUUGGUGGUUUGGGUUGGGACAUCUUGGGGUAGCUGCAUGUGCUGGAGUGAGAGUGAAACUGAAUGGCCUAAUAAUGCUAGUCCUCAUGCUGACCACUUGCAGUAGCAGCAGGAGACUAAUGCCACAGAUUGAAUGAUUAAAAAACAGAUAUUGGGACUACUGCGGCAGCUCCUGAUUAGCUGCCGGUCCGCGAGUUCCAGUUAGUACUCAGCUGGUGCCACAUUUGAUAUGCCACUGGCUAGCUGCAACACUAGCAUUCUGGCGCUGAUCCAUACAACUGCCCCCUUGAACUUUCUGUCUGGGACUGAAGUCUCAGCAGUCCCCCCUGAUGGCAGCCCAGUCCAAAGUAAACUGUAUAUGGAGCCGUCCCUGUGCAAAUAUUUUUUUGUGCCAUUUGCAACCUUGUGCAUAACAAAAAAAAAGGCAAGGAACAGUUUAAAUGGAAGUGAUGACGUGUAGCUACGUAUAUUUUAAAAAUAGAACUUUGUUUUAGAACUAUUAUUGAUGAAAACCAACAGUGAAUGGGUGAUUUAUUUAUACAGUGUAUGCAGCUUUACAUAGGAAUUUAGUAAUCAUAUAGUAUUCAUGGUAAAUUGCUUAUUGAGGUUGGGUUGAAUUUUUUUUUUUUAAUAUCGUUUUUUUAGUAUGGCAGGUGUACAUUACCAUGAAGCAUACACACUACCUGUUUGCUUAAUUUUCUAUUACUGUAUAAUAUGAUUAUACAUAAAAAUAGUUGACAAGGGGUGUGAUUAUAACUUAUGAAACUGAAGUGGUACGAGCAUUUAAAAAAGUAAAAAACCAUUGUAGGAGACAAUUGUAUUGCAUUAAAUCAUGCAGCAAGUGCUACUAAUGUUUCUUAAAUUGUAAGCUUGUAUGUGCAGGGCAGUUUCUUACUAUUUCAUACCAUGAAAUGUGAUUUACAUAUAUCAUACAUCCUUUAAAGUACAGUCCUGUGUAAUAUAUAAGCACAUUUCUAAUAAAGAACAUUAUCAACA